CUAAAAAUGGUGAUAUCGUGAGUUGUUGAAAGGAACCGUAUUUUUUAUAAGAUUCAAUCAUAGUAAUUUACUCUGACAGAAAGAUGGCGUAGCUCUAUCUCUUUUACCCUUACAAUGCAUAUUUCAGAAUGUUUAAAUGUUCAAAUUCAACAUCAAAGGAUUUGAUUGCAUGGGUCYUUGUACUACUAGUGCUUUCUCGAGGACUUGAACUUACGUCUUCAGAAAGGACUUGUACAAGUGGAUUGGGAUACGAAUGCAAUACCAUCGAAGGAAAUGGAGUGUCAUGUGUGCUGGGAUGUAAUGUGUCUAUCACCCAAAUAAUUUCUCCCGAUAACUGCUCUCAAUUGUGCUGCAAAGUCUGCUAUUCUGAUUGUAUCGAGUGCAUCUACUCAAGAAUUCUARCUUUCUGUAUGAGAAAUGCUUCUUCGUGGAYGCAGGACAAUUUUAACAAAGAAUCACAUGAAUUUAAAGYAUUGAAYAAAGAUCUUCAAACCUCAAUAAAGACCAUUGCACCGCUAAAUGGGAAUUAUACUCUGUUCAGAACAGACAUUUUAAGUCUGGAAUGGUGYUCAAGUAAGAAGAACAGUGUCCAAGUCUAUCUCAAGGUAAUGAUAAACAACCGUGACAAACUUGGGGUCAUCAUCAACAAUAUUAGAAAUGCAACUUUGGAUGGGAAGUUAGAUAAAUUAUCAUUGAUACAAAAUUUCUUUGAAGUGAUGGAUGAAAGKACAUACCAUGAUAUAAUGCGGUCAAAAGAGAACAGAAAAGAAGAAAGAUUGGAUGUUGUAGAACUUGUAGUAACUUGUGUAGCAGCCUUUAUUGUUACGCUUUCUAUUGCUUGGUGUUUGUUYUAUCUGUGUACCACUCCUGCUGAAAGAGAAAGAUGUAAAUGYUGUGGGUGUUGCAGGAAGAACAGAACAGCUCAUGCAUAAUCAAGACAUCCAUGAUCAUGUUGUAAAAAGGAUGUUGCCUAAAUUUUAUUAAYUACCGUAGAAUCUUUGAAGUCAAUAAAUAUUUAUACUCUUUAUUAGGUGUAAACCAUUURCACAACCAUACCCRAAAACUGGGGUUGAUCAAAAUGUUAAAUAUUUGGCAGUGAUACACAGUGRUUUAGUAAUUAUCUAUAGGUACUUUUCCCUUAAUAUUCUCCAUCCAACACUACAACUACAUCCGUGCCUUCACCUAAUGUAAGAGUAAGCCUGUAGGGAGGCUUACAAAAAAGUCUCCACAAAAUUUAAAUGAUAGUGAAGGAGAUGAAAUCAGUCAUGAAAGCUUUCCAAUCUUGUAAAACAUUUGUAAAUGUAGCUAUUGAUAACAUUUGUAUUCACUUACAUAGACAGCUAUACUAUGUCKCUCCAACUAGUUGUCUCUUCAUUCUUAUAGGAAACUUCACAYUACAUAUUUUGGAAUAAAUCUUUAUUAAUCAGAUCCAGCAAUAAACAAGCACUUCUAUUCACAA